AUGAUGGAAUAUACUGGGACCGCGGUGGCGUCGCUUCUUGGGUUUUUUGCGCUGAGAACUAUCUACAAUUUAUACUUUCAUCCGUUGUCGAAAUUCCCUGGUCCGAAGAUUGCCGCUGCUACCUUUCUCUAUGAGUUCUACUACGAUGUUAUCAAGAGUGGCAUGUACCUCUGGGAAAUCGAGCGUAUGCACAAGGAAUAUGGCCCAAUCGUGCGCAUCAACCCACGAGAAAUCCACAUCAAAGACUCAUACUACUACGACGAAAUCCAUGCAGGCAGCGCACGCAAAAGAGCAAAAGACCCCAAAUACGCCGUGGCCUUUGGCGCACCAUAUUCCCUAGUUGGAACAAUUGGCCACGACCACCACCGCUUCCGCCGCAACAUCCUGAACAACUACUUCUCCAAACGCAGCGUGCAAAGCCUUACCCCACUAAUCCACGAGAAAGUCGACAAACUCAUUAGCAAUUUCGAAAAUGCCUACAAGGCCGGCACGGUCCUCCGUCUUCAUCUCGAUUUCGCAGCCUUGACUGCCGAUGUUAUCACCCAAUAUUCCUACGGCUGGAGCCAUGGCUACCUAGAUGACAGCGCCGGCUGCCGCAGUAAUGAUCUCGCAGAUGCGGUGAACGGUUUGAUGGUUAUGUGGCAUAUCAACCGGUUCUUCCCGUUCCUGAUUACGGCGUUUAGAGCUGCGCCGCCGGCGCUUUUGCGUUGGUUGCAGCCCUGCAUGGCUGAUCUGUUUGAUUUGAAGAAUCGAUUGCGGAGACAGGCUGCUGAGACUGUGCAGAAACAGCAGGAUAAGAAGGAGAAGGAGAAGAAUGGGAUUGAGGGCCAGGACAAGGGGCGCUCGACUGUUUUUGAUGCGUUGACUAGUUUGGAUGUGCCUGCCCAUGAGCGUGUUCUUGAUCGCCUUGAGGAUGAGUCUGCUUUGCUUCUUGGUGCCGGGACCGAAACUACUGCCCGGGCAAUUGCUGUUUCUAUGUUCUAUCUGUCGCGGGAUAAGGAUAUUCUGGCCAAACUGCGUGUUGAGUUGAAGAGUGUACUUGCCACGCCUUUGUCUAGGGCCUCGUGGACGGAUUUGGAGGGGUUGCCUUAUCUGACGGGCGUUGUAAACGAAGGCCUUCGCCUUAGCCAUGGCAUGACAGCUCGCCUAGCUCGGGUUUCGCCGACCGAGCCCAUGCUCUACAAAGACUGGGCCAUCCCCGCCGGAACUCCAGUCAGCCAAUCAAACUACUUCGUCCACAUGGACUCAGCGCUUUUCCCAGAACCCGAAAAGUUCGACCCAGAGCGCUGGGUGCGCGCCGCAGAGAAAGGCGAAUACCUAAGUCGCUUUAUUGUCUCGUUCACAAAGGGAAGCAGACAAUGUCUCGGGAUAAAUCUUGCCUAUGCCGAGAUUUACCUAGCUCUUGCUCAUAUUGCGCGUCGUAUUGAUUUCGAACUUUACGAGACUACCGUGGAUAAUAUUACUGUUUAUCGUGAGCUCGGCAUUGGAUGUCCCAAGACUGGGCUUUUGGGCGUUAGAGCUAUUGUGACGGGAAUUUUAGAGAAGUGA